AUGUCAGCCUUACCAAAAGACAAUCCUCCGCCGCCCAUAUAUCUAGUUAACUUCGAGAACUACUUGAAACCUAAACAAAAAAAUAAAUGUCAGCCUCUUCAGCGUUUCGAGAAGCCAGUUGCUUCCACCUCAUAUCUAAUCAAGAAUAUAAGGCGAUUAAAGAUGUUAAGAUGGUACGGUAGUCUAUCAAGACGGAUUAGAAGGCUACCACUGCCCAGAUUUCUUAGAUUUUUGCGAGCUCGUAACGAUGAUGGCCUUUGCAAACGCAAGACUGGAUUUGAGAUUUACUGCGAGAUGGCCAGCAUACAUGGAUUUCACAUUUUUGUGGGCGCCAAAACGUGGCAGCGUAUUCUCUGGUGGCUCCUCAUUUGCACCGCGGUGAUGCUUUCCCUCAUCAUUGGGACCAUGUCACUUGCAAUGUCAGAGGAAUCGCCCACCAUACGCUUUAUAGACAUGAAGUCUACGGCAGAGGUGCCAUUUCCUGCUGUCACCAUUUGUGGCCUUCAAACAUUUCCUUCUAUGAAUUCUACUGUACGAGAACAGCUAGGAAAUAUAAGUUGGCUAGAAUUGCUAGAGGAUCUAGCUACUCCUAUAUGCCCACAAAUCCAAUCUUGUCUGUGGGAAAAUCGCGUGGAUAACUGCCUGGAAAAGCUGCUACCAAUUUGGACUCUGGACCAACGCCUGUGCUGUAGUUUUAAUUACCAACAGCAGCGAUUUAGUGCUCAUUUAGGAGUUAGUUUGGUUCUAAGAGCCAGUGAAGAGGACCUCGAAAGUCUUACAAUGAAGGGCGUAGAGGUUCUCAUUCAUGAAUCCCAUGAAAUUCCCAAUGAUGCUACACCAAGGUUCCUGGUGCCCAGUGGAUCAGAGGCUCACAUAAUGGUGCAACCCUUUGUCAAUCGAUUUAUGGCAGAUCUGGAAAGUAUAUCACUUCAGAAACGAGGGUGCUAUUUGCCAAGAGAACGUCGAUUGACCUCAUCUAAUGUCUAUCACCAAAGCAUUUGUCAGGCAGAAUGUCGCAGUGAAAAUAUAAUGAAGUCGUGCGGUUGCGUUCCUCCAAAAUCUCCUCGUCAUGAAAAUCGGACAAUCUGUGACCUACAAAAAAUGCAGUGCGUAAUGGAUUUCGAUCAUAAUGAGAUCAUCAAAGGAAAACAAAGGAAUUGCGAUUGCCUUCCGCCAUGUGAAUUCAAUCGCUAUGAAUUCCAGGGUGAUAUAAGACUAAUAAACAGGAUGAUUUACAACAACAUGAGCAAAUCAAGUAUUCCGAAGCCCACAAAUGAAGUUCGCCUGCGUGUCUACUACGACUCACCAAUUGCCGAGGAGCAAGUCUUGGACGUGUUCGGAAACUGGCUGACAUUCAUGGGAACCUUCGGCGGAAUUACCGGACUAUUUAUGGGUUGCAGUUUCGUUUCGGUCUUUGAGCUGAUUUUCUUUUCGUGCGUUCGACCCACCUGCAACUGGCUGACCCGUCAGCAGAUACUUUGGCGCCGUCGGAGGAUCCAGAGGGUGGGCAACGCCGGCGAAGUCAUUAGGGCUGGCUAA